AAGUUUUUGAAACUACAUCUGAAUAUGGAUCAAUGCCAAGAUAUAUUUGCAAGUGUGAUGGUAUUCAAAGUGAACUAUGUCAAACACUUACUGUUGCAAUUUGUAGUGUAUAUAAAAGAAUUUUUGGAACAGAAACAAAAUUUUCAGGACCAGCAGUAAUGGGUUUUGAUACACCUACUAUUUCUAAUGUACUACUUCAAGACUUACAAUUUCAACCAUAUUUUUUUUCUUUAGACAAAUUACGAAUUUGGGUUAUGAGCGUAGGAAAAUCUAACAAAUCCGAAUGGAAUUUAACUGAUAUUGGUUAUAAGACAACUUUCAUAUAUACAUUUAGAAAGCAAAGGUGUACUUUUGUUCAAGAAUUUGAAGAAGAUGAAUGCACUCUUACAAUUUAUACAGGAGAAAAUAUAAAACUAUGUUCUUUUACCGAUUGCGAUCCUGAAUCUUUUUUAGAGGAACCUCAAACACAAUAUUUUAUUCAAAUUUUACGUAUACCCAGUUGUACAUUGAAUGAUUGGAAUGAUGGUGAUUUGAUGGAAUCAAUUUUCGCAUAUCAUCUUAAACGCAGGAUUUCAACGUCUAUGCUACGGAAUGUUGGAUGUGAAGAAAUUACACCUUUCGAAAAAGAUCAAUUUCAGAUAGAAUUUUGGUCAAGAUCACUUACUCCUGAAAUCGAUAAAACUAAUUUAGAGAUAUUAUAUAGACAAGGAUUUUUAAUUCCAAUACCUUUUUAUUUGAAAAAUGAUAUCAAGACAUUUUGA